AAGCACUCACAGUAACCUACAGCGCAAUGUCUUCCACUGACUCUAUUCUCGACAAACUAUAUACUCUCCCACUUCUUAAGGGGACAUUCUCCCUGAGUGGUAGCACUGACGAGAGUGCGAAGAAGCUCUUGGAAAAGCUCAGAGAUAACCAUGUAAAAUGGCAUCCUCAUUUCGACUCGCGCGGAUUUCACAAUCACCUCACCCAUCAUCUUAUCACUAUCUACGGCCUCGGUGCAUCGGCACCACUCAUCGAGGCUGCAAAUGAGACUCAUAUGUAUCAGAAACCUGCUUUCGCAAGCCCUAGUCCAAUCACAGAGGAGAACUUCAUCGAGCACAUCGGAGACCUCAACUACUAUGACUCUUACCUCAAAUUUUUCUCGGCAUAUGUCCUCGACCACACUCCUGUGGAAACGAUAGAUCGCUUCAUUUUUUCUCCCGAAUUCAAUUAUAUUCCCAAUCUCGAUGCGGGGAAGAAGCAACCUGCAAUGUUAGAGAGGUUUGAGUCCGGUCUCCUACACCCCAUGAUUCAUUCUGCCUGCGGUCUGGAGUUUGGAAUUUUAGGACAGCUCGCAGAAGGCCUCGCCCAAACCGCAACACAUCCCGAUCAUCAGACGCGCCUUUUCCCUCCUGCGUUAUUCAAUCAGGACGCCGCCAAUUCGAUCUUGAAAAACUUUGCUUCCCUCGCUCUCUCAUCUUCAUCCCCCACAGCUCCUCUCAGACCAACGUUCACGUUCCAUCAGCGCGUGCUUGAAGAGCCCGCCUUCGCUCCCGGGGCUGCAGUUUCGCCCGACGUCAUGUAUAAGUUUGAGCCGGUCCUCGAGAAGGUCGGAGACCGUAUUCACCAGCUCGUUACUGAAUGGUAUGAGGGUUGGUUAAGAGGCGCUGAUAGCGAGGCAGAAAUUGAACGUCGGUUGGAGAUCAUGAUGGAAGAAGUCGUCUUCGGAAACGUAAUGUGGUUUGGUAUUUCUGGCUGGGCCUGGCGUGGGAAUGGUGGUGCAGGCAAAGAGUUCAACGCAGACUUCUUUGCUGCGCACUUCGCUACUUCCACCCUGUUCCUCCCCCUCUUCAUCAUCCCCGGAACUUCUUCGAUGCUUUCGCCGCCGCUCUCCCUCGCCAACCGACUUCUCCUACUCCGCACCUAUCUGUCGGUGAAUACUGCUUGGUAUAUUUCCCGCGGUCGCUCUUCCCUCCCUAUCGGCGAAUUUUUCGAUGCGACUUCAUCUUAUCUUUCUGCGCCGCUUCCUCCGCAGCGCAAAAGCACAGUGCCGCUGGAGGAGCGCACACCAGCGUUCUGGCCGGGCGAGGUUCUCAAGUCCGGAGGAAAUCCAUGGCUGAGGAUUCUGCAGAAUUCUAUCGUUCAUCCAGACAUGCAUCUAUGCAAGCUACAGCGUUCUCUAGCAUACUGGGCGGGUAAGUAUGGGUCAAGGCCGGCUGAAUACUUCUCUUCAGCGCAUGGUGGGUUGGUCGGGGCGGAGAGGCUGGAUGGAACUUUGUUCCUGCGCGUUGCAGGUCUCACAGAGCAAAGGAUGGGGUUUGCAAAUGAAGGCGAUGAGUUGGGACUUUGGGAUCGCGUCGCGUUCUACGAGGGCAGAAAGGUGGACCCGAAGAUGAUGCAGUGACCGUUCAGUAGGGAAUUGACAUGUGUAUAAUAAUGAGUAUGUCUUUCUCCACUCCAUGUUACAUGGGAGCAUCAUGCCUUGAAUAAAUGCUCUGGAAUUGUCUGGCG